CCCCCUGAUCCCAGCCGCACACAACCUAGCCUCAAGUGCACUAGUGUUGUCCUCGCGGAAGAUCGAUACACUUGGACCUGAACCUUCACGACAUUUGACGACAUUUUUUUACGGAGCAAAUGCCUACGGCACACCAGCACUGGGUUUAUGUCUGGAUACCACUUUUCACCGCGAUAAUAUGGUUUGGAACUCUUCUGGCGAUGCUCAUCACCUAUCUCGCCGAGGGGCGUCCGCAUUACGUCUCGGAAGACGGUAGUAUAGCCUACAUUUCCGACGUAGGCGCAGAUAUCCUUAAGCCGUUGUUUGUUACCGGAUGCGCAAUAACGGCCGUUGGAUUCGUCCUCUCACUCGUGAUAGAGCGAUGGCUCAGGCACUCUGGCCGUCUUAUCGCAGAAAUGCGGCGCAGAGAGCGAGUGUUGUCCAUUCUCGCGAUCAUAGCAUCAUUCAUCGGAGGCAUGGGCCUCCUUCUUCUGUCGAUAUUCGACACGAAGCGUCACCCGAGCUUGCACCGGGUCUUUCUACUCGUCUUCAUCGUUGGCGUGGGCCUUAGCGCUCUUUUUACGAUCGCCGAGUACCGUUGGCUGAGCAAAGACUUCGUCGAGCUGCGCAAACUGAGAAAUGCCUACAUCGUGAAGGGCAUCAUUGCCGGAAUUCUCAUCGUCCUCGCUGUUGUCUUCGCCAUCACCUUAUACACAGCAGUAAACGUUGGAGCCGUCGUUGAAUGGGUUAUCGCCUUUGGUUACACAUUCUAUUUGCUCACGUUCUGGUACGACCUGCGCAUGGCGAAAGGCGUCCACCGCGGCGAGUUCUCACGCAAGCGUCUCAUCGACAUGGAGAAGCAGGGCAUCCCGAUUUCCGCAGCGACGGCAGGUCAUGAGGGAAACCCCCGUAGAAGCGAUGCGCACAGCACGACCACCAGUGGUACCAUGGGUACCGUUAACGGUUACCCUGUGUCGCACGCGGGUAAUGACCGUGGUGCUAAUAGAGGUUACACUGGGCACAAUACCCGGGGAUAUGCUUGAGGGAGGAACGAUUUGCAUAUUGAAAUCGACGGACGAUCAUGUACAAUUCUUUGCUGAGAUUUCGUCACACUUGUUACCCCUAGUAGCUGCAAAGUAGUAUACCUUCUCUAUAAUGGUCUUCAUUA